AAAAACUUUUUGGUCCAUGUUACGUCAUUGGGUGGAACAAAGAUGGCGGAGUCGGAGGAGGAGGUGGACGUCUUGGUCCAGAGAGUUGUCAAAGACAUCACCAACGCCUUCAAGAGAAACCCCAACAUUGACGAGAUCGGCGUGAUCCCGUGUCCGGAGGCCCGCUACAACCGCAGUCCCAUCGUGUUGGUGGAGAACAAGCUGGGCGUGGAGAGCUGGUGCGUCAAGUUCCUCCUGCCCUCCGUCCACAACAAGCUGCUGCUCUACCGCCAGCGCAAGCAAUGGCUGGACAGGGAAGCUUUAGCAGAUAUCACCUGCACCCUGCUGCUGCUGAACCCGGACUUCACCACCGCAUGGAACGUCAGGAAGGAGCUGCUGCAGUGCGGAGCGCUCAGCCCGGAGAAGGACCUCUACUUGGGCAAGCUGGCCCUCACCAAAUUCCCCAAGAGCCCAGAGACGUGGAUACACCGACGCUGGGUGCUGCAGCAGAUCCUGCUUCAGUCCUCGGGCCGCAGCCGGAAGCAUCCUCAGAGUGAGGAGGAGAGGGCCGAUGGCGAGCAGAGCCGGCGGCUCGACGACCUGCUGGCCAGGACGCUCCAUCAGGAGAUGGCGGUCUGCUCCGACGCCGCCUGCCGCUACCCAAGCAACUACAACGCCUGGUCCCACCGCAUCUGGGUGCUGCAGCACAUGGCCACGGGCAACGUCAAGGUGUUCCACGAUGAGCUGUCCUCCAUGCGCCUCUGGGUGUCCAUGCACGUGUCGGACCACAGCGGCUUCCACUACCGCCAGUUCCUCCUCAAGGAGCUGAUCGCCGUGCUCUCUCAGGCUCCGGCUUCCACCUCCUCCACCGGUUUACCCCAGCACCAGUGCAGCAGUCCCCCGCACCUCGGCCAUGACCAAGCUAAUGGGGAGGAGGCGGAUGAGGAUGGGAGGAUGCUCAGCUCCACCGCGCUCCUUCAGCUCUUCCACCAGGAGGUGGAGCUGUGCUCUGACCUCAUCCAGUCCUUCCCCGGCCACGAGACGCUUUGGAGCCACAGGCGGCAUGUCUACUACCUGUGGCACAACUGGAGGAGGGAGCACCAACACCAGUGCCACCAAGGCAGCAACGGAGGGAGCGGGCCGGACCGCGUGGCCAACGGCGACGGGGGCCCGCUGAAGGCCUGCGCCCAGAGCCCUGCGGGCGGGGGCGAGGACGGUGUGAAUGGACAGAGGCAUGCCGGCAACGCUAUGGAGGUGGACGGGGCGUCCUUGCCUGACCCCCGCAACAGCAAGCGACUGAAGCGGGGCGCCCUGCCCCCCGGCGCCCCCGCCUUGCCCGCCGAGCACGGCUUUGUGAGCGGGAUCCUGGACGGCGGCUGUAACCCCGAGCAGAGACGGUUCGCCCUGGCGUACAGGAAGUGGUUGGACACGGUCAUCGGUCCGCAUCCUUGAGGGGUUGAGAGACACAGAGAGAGAGAGAGAGAACAGGUCGUCCCCGUCUGGCUUUCUAAACAUUGUAAGUUGCCUUUAGACGCCGAUUUAGGAUGAGCUUACCUACCCGUAGCGCUAUCUUUUAACUCGUCAUGCUUCGGCUGCGGCGCAGACUUUAGAAAGCGGCCAGCGGGGCGCCGCGGGGCCUGUCCCCGUUCUCCUGGCAGUGGGCAGAGAGGACGGGGUCCCGGAGAGCAAAGACGACGACCGACAAAAACAUCUGGAUCUCCCCGAGCUUCACCUGAGCCAGUGCCCCCUUCAGAAUGGAAACAAACGGACCUCCGAUUCUCUUCUUAUUCCGGUGUCUCAAUGCCUCAGGUCAACUUGGCACUGCAUUUUCUCACAUCUCCAUGUCUUUGUAAUAUCUGUUCUAAUAUCUCGGCAGAGAAACCAGAUAGGUUGCCAUAGGAGGGGUGUUGACUUUGUAGAGGAGAAUUUAUGCCAAAAAAUUGAUUGACAGUAUUGUAUAAAAUCCCAACAAAAGCGAUGAAAUACAUACAUUUAAAAAUGGCAUUUUCAACUAAAGUGAAAAAUGAAAUCCAAUACAAAUUGUUAAUAUGUAAGUUAUCAAAUAUAAUUUCACACUAAUGGGGCGAUUGUAAAUAAUCAACAUUCUAUGUAUUUAUUUAUUGGCCCUUUGUAGUUAAUAGCAAAUAUUGGAUUACAUCAAUGAGGAACACCGCCCUAAAGAAUAAUUCCACUCGUGUUAGUGUAAACCUAGAUUAAUAUUUGGGGCCCAUGAGCUGCUCGCUCAAACUUGAUGUCAUCAAGUAUAACGUCUGGACAAUGAAUGGGAGACUGAUUUACUUUUUAUUUACCCUCGUGACUAAUUCCAGCUGUUUCUCAACUACUGGGUGGUUGGAACUGGGCUCCAGUCGUUGGAUUUCUUUAAAAAUAGAAUUAAUUUUGGCAAUAUAUAAAGCAUGUUAUUUUCCUAUCUAAACGUGCUAAAGAAUUCACAUGAAUGAAAACCGCAAAAAUGAAAUGUAACUACUGGAGACCAACAUUUUGGCAUCACUAGCUAGAUAAUGGGGAAACCAAAUGGAUAUUUACUUUUUUAAAUUUAUUAAGUGUGUCAAGUGUUUUGUUUAGUGAGGAAAUAGGAAUCCAUAAUAUGUGUAUUGAUAUUGGCAGGCAAUGAAGUAUUUAAUAUUGUCAUUACAGCUGACAGAAAUAUUUACAGGCCAGUUUUAACUUUUUCCGAUGGUUUUCUCAUUUAUUUUGGAACCUGGUCCUUUUGACUUGUUCAGUAAGCGUUGAGUAACAAAAGGUUGAGAAGCCCUUUGGACCAUGUAUCCGAAUACUCCCGGUAUUCUUGUCUUUUCCAACCCAUUGUCUAUGGCUCAAUACCCUUGAUGACAUCACAUUAGUAGUUUGUAUCCAUUCAUCUUUCUGGGACUUUCUUAAACAACCAGAAAAACCAGUUGGAAUUCAAAAUAAUGAAAAUGGGCGCCUUUCCUCUUUUUAAAGGACUGUGGGUCUGACAAAAUGCUAAAAGUCACACUAAAUGUCCAUUCUGAAGGCGGGAACGUUUUUUCAACCGGAGCUCUUUGUCGGGGGGGUCGCUGCUCCCGGGCCAAGUCGUCAUUAGUUACCGCUGUCCUGACUAUGUAGCUAAGUUACCGUAGCUUGCAACAGAAAGCCAAAAAGCUCGACGUCAUUUAGGGAAACGGUUGCAUCCGCCACGCAGAACGUCUUGGCUGGCGCUGCGAGUCCGCUGAACCUCCUGCCCGACCCCCCCCCGAGCACUACAUCUACGAGCGGGGGCAAGACGGCGUCUCCCUGACAUUCGCUGGUGCUAUACGCUGCUAUGUCAGACAACUGAGCAGCACUUUGGAAUAUUUGAUUAAAUAUAGGCGUUCGUGUUCUGUGGGGUACACUACUUUUUGUUUUUUUUGAAUGCAGUCUGUUACUUUGCACCGGGCUACGGCUGCUGGCCAACCGGAGGCUACUGACAAAGAUGGAGGUGAACGUUUACGUUGUGUCUUUCCUUGUUUUAUGGAUCAUUUACGGCACACACUUAAAGGCGCAUCUGCACAGUCUCUUCAAAAGUCCUUUCCCUUCCUAGUCUCCAACUUAUUUCUGAGAAGAAAUACUCACGGUAGUCAACGGCGUUGACAAUUUGGUGAUUUAUUUAUUUUUAUCUUUUUUUUUUAAUUGUGCCAUGAACACCGUUGAUGUUUGUCAAUUUCAUAAUUUUUGCUUGUCAAAGUUUCCAAUUUGUUGUUUAUUUUUGUGUGAACAGUCACCAAUUAAUUCAUAAUUAUUUAGUAUAGCCCAAAAUUGCCAAUUACAAAUUUUCCUCAACAUCCUCUGUCCCAAAACCCUCAGAUCAGGCACUCUCCAAAAAAUGAAAAACACUUUGAUGGGGAAAAAAGCAACAGAACCGUAGGGAGAACGGCAGAGGGAUGGACAGACUGCCAUGAAUGUCAUGUCUACAGAAUGAACACUGUAAAAGAUACGCCAGUCUCGCUGCUCUAGGUACACGCGCACAGCAGCAGGGGGAGAUGUCACUAGAUGGUUGUGUUGUGUCUCCAAUAACCUUUUUUCAAAGUUUUGGACCGGGCCUUUUGAAUUGUUCAGGAAGUAAAAGGUCUAACCACGCCAACAGUUGUUACGAUAAACUGUCUUAACCUUCCUUUAAUUGUUAAACAUAUGUGAUUCAUGGCAAAAUCCUUACAAAAAGUUGCUUUGUCUUUUGCUGUUGACUAUCCACUUGUCAUUUGAAAUAACUAAGAUCACAUGGUGGGCCACCAAAAGAAGGCGGGUCUUUGCCUGCAAAAGAGCGCUUCUAUAUCGUCUCAUCUCCAUUAAUGAGGGAAGAUGGGUCACAUGGGUUGUUCCAUCGGUGUCGCCAUGGACACCACAUUGACUACGCCCACUGCGUGGUCACGUACCGCUUUCCCUCGACGCAGUCCGGGCGCCGUAACGUCUGUUUGUAGAGAGGUACGGUCGCUUCGCUUCCACUGGCUCCUUCCUGAAGGCAAAAGGGCACAUUUUGAGGGGGACAUGUAAACGGUUUUAGUGGCCACUGUGCACAGGUUGGCUCGCCAAAACAACCCCCACCCCACUGUCUCCAUGUGCUUCCAUGUAACCUGUGCCACGUUGUACUUAGAGUUACAAAGUAAGACGCUUUAUCACCUCAAUCACUGUGUAGAUAAUCUUGAAAGUAGUAUUUUUAAGCCGCAUAGUCUUUAAGUUUGUUCAUCGUUGGGUGCAUAUCCGAACUGUAUGGGGGGGGGCGCAUUUUAUCAACCGUACAGACCUAGAACACAAACUUUGAAUACAAGACUAUCUAUGCAGAAAUAUAUUUUUUAAAGGUUUAACAAACUUUUAAAGAAUAAUGUAGCUAUUGUUUUUUUUCUAAUUUAUUGAGUUUUUUUCAGUGGAGGGUGCGUCCUUCCUGAAUAAUCCCUAGCAUCUCACAUAUUUUCUAUUUAUUUAUAGAGGUCAAGUCUUCACUCUCAAUGUUUUGUCAUCUGCUUACCAAGCGAAUAAAGCUCAUCUGGGAUAAAGGUUUUUGUUG